AUGGAGGUGGGCAGCUUGGAGACCCAGCUAUUUGGAGCUUUCAAGCCAGUUGCUUACACGACCCCAGCCCAGAAUGUGGUCACAACCAAGCAGUGUGAGGAGAUAAAGUCAACCAUGCAGAAACACAGGCAGAGCCUGAGACACGGCAAGGAGGAUCUGAACAGGCUUAACCAGGCCAUCCAGCAGCUGACAGUAGAGAAGGAUGGGGCUAAGACUCAGAUCUGUGAACUAGAGAAAAACAAGGACCUGGUGGCUCUCCAGGAGGAGAGGGCUUCAGGCAGUGCUAAGGGCAAGCUGGCUUGGCUGGAGGCUGCCCUGCAGAAGGCCAAGCAAGACAUGGCAAGACAGCUGCGCGAGUACCAGGAGUUGAUGGUUGUCAAGCUGGGCCUGGACUUUGAGAUUGCCACCUACCGCAAGCUGCUGGAGGGUGAGGAGAACAGUGGGUUCGAGUGCCCUGAACACGAGCGCCCCCAGCCGCGGCUGCGCGCUCUGCGGCUGCCCGGGCUGUGUGGCGGGCUUAGGCUGCAGUGGAUUCCGGGGAUGCUGAACUCUUCCCGCUGCACUCUGGAGAAGACUGAAGAAGCUGGCUUCUGUUCCAAAGACUUGUGCUUCCUGUCUCAUCCGCCCUCUGGACCCCUAUACUGA